AUGUCUGGUACCGGAUCCAGGCAACACCUGGAUGCCUCUGCCGGCCGUGAUGUUGUCUAUUGUCAUGCGUGCGAAAAUGAGUGGUUCCAGGACCAGCACGGCCUGGUCUGCCCGCAAUGCCAUUCCGAGGCUACCGAGAUAGUGACGCUUGAAAACGACCCCCGCCCUGUCAGCACACACGGUAGCAACACAGAACCGCAAGGCCACCGAGACCGGUACGAUGAUUCUGACCCGGAGGAAGAGGACAUUGAAGAGCAUAGCCACCGAGCUCCUGGGGGAAUAUACUUUACCUCGAGGGUUUUCCGAAUGCCCGUAAAUCACGGGGCAGGGACAGAAGCCCCACAUGUCCAUCCCUCUGAUGGCAACGCUGUCAUGGAGCGGUUUUAUGAAAUGAUGAAUCGUGAUCUGGGAUCAUCGGCCGCUUCUGGUGCCUCCAACUCGGACGAGACGAGGUCUGCUACCGGACAAGGGACCAGCGAGAAUAGUGGUACACGCCAUUAUACCACUCGUACCACAAUGUUCCCCGGGGGGUCUACAAGCUUCACCAUCACGACCGCCCCAUUGCAAAGGGACGGAAACAAUCCGCCAAUAGGCGAGUUCGAUGCGUACGCAGACCCCCAUCCCCGGACCAGGCGCCGCAUCGUGAUAGUGAUGCUUGACUCGGGAGGUGCUGACAGUAAUGCUAGCAUCUUGAGUGCCAUUAUGGGCAACAUCACCAAUCCAGUUGGAAACAGUCCUCACAGAGGCGGCGACACAAGCAGCAACGCCGAGGGCAGCGAUCUUCCUCCCCACGGCUUUCCAGUUGCUUUUCAACAGCUUCUAGGCGCCUUGAUGACGGGAUACGGAGGUACUCGCAACUGGGGUGAUGUGGUGACUUCACAGGAGGAGUUUGACAGAAUAAUCUCCCAGAUGAUGGAAGCAAACCCCAUGUCAAAUGCUGCGCCGCCAGCUUCAGAGGCUGCCAUAAACAAACUGGAGCGCAAAAAGCUCGACGAGAAGAUGCUGGGCACCGACGACAAGGUUGAAUGCACGAUUUGCAUGGAUGACUUGAGUCUCGGGGAUGAAGCCACUGUCCUGCCCUGCAAGCACUUUUUCCACGGGGAAUGCGUGACAAUCUGGCUCAAGGAGCACAACACGUGCCCCAUUUGCCGAACCCCGAUUGAGCAGAGGAGUUCAGCCGAAAGAACUCGAGCACCACAAACCCAAUCUUCAGGGCCUCGUGCCGCGAGGCCCGAGCCCCCAAGGGGCCUCUUUCCAUGGGCCUUCCAGUCAUCCGGAAGCGGCACUGGCUCCUUUGCGAACAGCUCGCCACAGCGUCCGAGCCAGAGCUCUCAACAGUCACCUAUAGACAUUCAGCAAAACGACAGUGGUCAUACCAGUCACCGCCGGGGGCUUUUUCGCAGUCCAUCGACCAACGAGGAGCGCCUUCGGGCGAUUAGAGACCUUGCAAACAGCGACCGCAAUGGAGGCUCUGACCGCCCCACGACGCCACCGUUUGCAGGUCGGCGGCGCAAUUCUCUGUCUCCGCCUAGCCCGAGCAUGCAAGCCCCGUGGAAUUUGUCUUACGACCCUGUCCAUGAUUUUACCAGUGCUUCUAGGGAUCGGACUCGGGAACGUGACGGCGAUCGGAGCAAUUCGCAGAGCAGCUCUCGGUUCACUAGCACAAACCGGGACCAGGAUGGUCACAGGGACCGUGAGCGCUACCGUCAGCAGUCAUACGAAUCGAGCCGACAGUCUAGCCGCGAACAACGAGAUCAGGAACAUAAUGACGGCAACGGCAGCCGGCGUGGUGACACAAAUCAGACAAGCGGCGGAAGUACAUUCGACCCGUUCAGUUGGAUAAGAGAUAGGCUUCCCGGAGGUGGCAACUCGUCAGGAGACAGUCAUCGGCGGAGUUGA